GCGUCAUCGUCUAUAAGAUUGUCCAAGUGCGCUACGCUCAGGCUCAGUCGCAUACACUCGGGAGCUAUGGCCUCUGAGCUACAAGAUGUGUCAUCGACACUUGGCCACUACAUGCUGCAAGGAUGGACACUCAGCGAUCGUAUUUGCAGCAAGCCCGGAUGCCCAGGCGUACCCCUCAUGACGAAAGCCAGUCAGCAGUUCUGUGCGAGAUGUGAUGAGCCACCCGUGGACGGACACUCCUCUCGUCCCCAGCCGAUAGCUUCGGGAUCCGUCGUGCCAACACUCGCCCACAAAAGAGCCUCCACCUCAGCCUCUGUCUCUCCCGCCCCGAGUCUGCCUGCACUGGGCGAUUUUGAGGAUCUCCGCUCAGGCGCAUCGACCCCUCCCACACCUCACUCAACUGCGCCAGGUCAGACGCACGAUGAGGAGGAGCCCGAGCUCGUGCAAUUCUCGGCGACAGAGAUAGCACUCCGGCGAGCUCAGUCUGACCGCGCAAGUGAGGCUAUUGGCCAAUUGCUCCUCAAAGGAUGGAUCAUGCUCGGCGAUGCGUGUCCUGAUACGUCAUGCUAUGGCGUUCCUCUCAUGGCUCGACCAAAGAGAGCCGCUCAGAAAGAGGGGGAGACGCCAGCGAGAGAUCCGAGAAGUUUCUGCGUCGUCUGUGAAAAGAAUUACCUUCAGGCGAGCGAUAUGGCAGCAUACGAAGCCUUCCAAGCCGGAUCGUCCGAGGCGACGAAGUCUGCGGCGACGGCAACGAGCAAAGACGAUCAGACAAGCAAGAAGAAGCGAGGGUUUGCUAAGCCUGCAGAAACGAGACCCCUUGCGAUCAGGCCCAUCGAAGACAGAGCGCGCAAGACUCAGCGGGUCGACGUGCAGCCGCAGAUGGCGCGAGAUACUCUCUCACAAGCGAGCGGUGAGCCAAGUCUGCUUGCAGCCUGCGAGGCAAUACGCGCCAAGAUCGUCCAGCAAGCAGCCUUGCUGGCCACUUACGACGACGCAGACCGGCUGAAGAGUUCAGCAGAGACGAUCUUCACUCUAGCUCGAGCGCUCGAGCAGGUUCACAAAUGUGUAUAGUCCGCGUGUGAUGUAUGUUGUGAGUAGGCUCGAUCGGGAGAAGAACAGUCAUUGAGCAAGCCUGCA